GGGAGGGGGAGGGGAGGGAGAGGACUCGCAUAGUACCCCAUCGAUUUGGAAAAGAAAACACGCGCACAAAAAUACCAGAUAGAACAAAAAUAAAAAAUAAUAAUAAACGAAGGAAAAAAAGAAAACGAAGAACUGGAUUAAAGGCAGAGAGAGGCAGAGUAAGUCGCUCUGAUGGUUAAAUUUCGAAGGUGUUGUUAAAUUCUAGGGCAAAUUUCAUUUCGUUUUGAUUUCCAAAGAAAAAACCUCACGAGAGAGAAAGUGUCCAAUUCGGUGGUUACUGAAAGCCGUGCCCUAGCUUCUCAAAUUUGUAAUUCAGUUUUUUGAAUUGAUGAGAGGAGUGCAAGGCCUCUAGCCACUGAAGUGGGAAUGCAUGGAUGUGGUCCAGGGUUUGCUCCCCUAGUAAAUGCUGAAGUUGAUUCCAUGGGUGGGGUUGUUGAUGGUGGAGUUGGUAUUGGUAUAAAAACCUCUCCACGGCAAGCAGCAAUUGAGAAGGCUCAUGCAGAACUUAGACAAGAGUAUGAUGUUCGUGAGGAACGGAGAAGGGAGCUAGAAUUUCUUGAGAAAGGUGGCAAUCCUUUGGAUUUUAAAUUCGUGAAUGCAGCUUCAGUUAGUGUCCAGUCUACUUCAUUCACGGAUCAUCAUGUUGAACAGUUUGUUACUAGUGAAGCGAAAGGCAAUUUUCCACUGACAACAUCACUUCAUGGGGAUUCUGUAGAAACUAGUGGGAGACCAGGGGCUACUGCAGUUUGUGGGCCCAAUAGUGCUGACAAUUUUGAUGGUGAAAAUGAGUUACUUGAAGUUGAAAGGAAACCUACAAAUCCUAGUAGAAGGAGUAAAGUGACUCAAUCAGAGCAGUCUUCACAGAUGGAUGGGAUUCAUAAUGCCAAGGAGCCUGAAGAUUCUGCUAUUUUUCGGCCAUAUGCUCGAAGGAAUAGGUCCAGACCAAAUCGUGACAGUGCUCGAUCAGGUUCAACUGAUAUUGUUCAUAGUUCAGGUGGUCAUGGAUCUUCCUUACCAGUUCAAGGGGGUGCAAGGGAUGUGAAGGGCUUGGUAACUGAAACAGACAUUCAUAAAGACCAGAAUAUCAAUUUAGUCUCUAACCCAAAGUCUCCAGCUUCAAAUGGUAUGGUUUCCCAGAUUGAGGCUUCCAAUACCCAUUCAAACAUGGAACUUGAUUGUGUGCAGGCACUGAAAACAAUUGCUAACCUGCCUGAAUAUAGGCUGGAUGUUACAGAGUCCAAUGUCUUGAGGGAUAACCUGCAUGAUCAACCUUCAGAAGCUGAUACUGAGAAUGCUUCCAAGGAAUGUGAUCAUGAUGGAGGAAGAGAGCAGGUUAUUUCUGCUGGUCCUGAAGGUCUACCUUGUGCUGAAUCAACAAAGACUGAGAAUGAAACUGGUCCGGGUCUGCUUAAAGGUUUUAGUGACUUGAAAAAAGAUGGAAAUGAAGGUCAAAAUGGUAACACAGCAAUGGGAACUAAAGGAUUCGAUUCAGAGUCCUCAUGCACCCAAAAUAGCAUAAGCUUGGAUGUAAACAAUGACAGUGAUUUGUGUGCCAAUUACAGAAAUGAUGAUACCAAUGAAAUACUUUUUAAAGAACUAUCAAAACUUGAAGGAACACAAAGUUUACUAUCAGGUAAUAUGGGAAAUGAAAAGAAAGAGACUAAGUCUAUUGAACGUGUUACUGCCAUCAAUGAUGGUUCUGUGCAUCGAAACUACUAUGGCAAUGAUUCUACUGUCAAAAGUGAGGAAGAGAUGAGAAGUUAUUCUCACCCUCAAAAUGAGGUGAAAUGUCAUAAUCUUCAAGCGACGGAACAAAAUGACCAUGUAGCACCUGAGGCUGAUAUAAAGGCGGGCAAGAUGUUGGCUGAUGGUUCCAAUUCCAACACAGAAAACAUUUACCCCAGUGGUCCCCAGGGCUAUAAUGAUCCAUCUAUUCAAGAGCUUCCCCACCUCAUUUUGUUAGAGAAAAAAUCUUCUGCGGCCCUUGACCCACAAUCUUGUUCUAAUACACAACUGAAAUUGGUAGACAAGGCUCAUGAAGAUUCUGUUUUGGAAGAGGCUCGGAUUAUCGAGGACAAGCGGAAGAGGAUUGCUGAAUUAUCUGUUGGAACUGUGCCCUCAAAGAGUAACUGGAAAACUCACUGGGAUUUUGUCCUUGAAGAAAUGGCAUGGUUGGCAAAUGAUUUUGCACAGGAGCGUCUCUGGAAGAUGACUGCUGCUGCUCAAAUAUGUUGCCGUGUUGCUUUUACUUCUAGAUUGAGAGUUGAGGAACGAAAUCAGCAUCUGAAGCUAAAAAAAGUUGCAUAUAGUCUGGCUAAGGCUGUCAUGCAGUUCUGGCACUCAAUGGAGGUGUAUCGAAGUAACAAUUGUCAAAGUUUUGGUUCAAAGAAUGGCAAGCAUGAGUCGAUAAUCUUUUAUAGGAAUGAAUUUUCUGUCAACAAGUUUGGAGAAAUUGAUAAGGUGGCAUGCAAAGAGUUAGAGAUACAAAAGCCUGUCAAAAACAUUGCCCAUGCCAUUCAUGGAUAUGCUUUAAGAUUUUUGAAAUAUAACAGCUCGCCAGUUCCUUCCCUUCAAGAAUUACCAGCAACUCCUGACAGAAUAGCUGAUUUAGGCAUGAUGGACAUUUCAUGGGAUGAUCAGCUCACGGAAGAAAGCCUGUUCUAUGCAGUUCCCUCAGCUGCCAUGGCAAUGUACAGAUUGUCCAUUGAAUCUCAUAUCAUGCAAAGUGAGAAAACUCACAAUAACAUGCAGGAUGAGGUUGAUACAUCUAUGUAUGACACUCCAGCAGACUUUGGUUGUCAUGACAAUGCAUAUGAUGAGGAAGAAGAAACAAGUGCCUACUAUAUGCAUGGCGUCUUUGAAGGUAGCAAGCAAGGAAAACAUGACCAGAAGAAAUGGAAAAGCUUCACAAAUUCACCUUCUGCAAGAUCAUAUGAUCUGGCAACUGAUUCACCUUAUGGACACUGCACCACUGGGCCUCAACAAAAUGUAUUGAAGGGGAAAAGACCUGCAAAUAAUCUUAACAUUGGUUCAAUUCCAACAAAACGCAUGCGUACUGCUUCUAGGCAGAGGUUUACAAGUCCUUUUACUGCUGGAACCACUGGGGUUCUACCCCUGGCUCCAAUGAAGACAGAUGCGUCAAGUGGAGAUACUAAUUCUUUUCAGGAUGACCAGAGUACUUUGCAUGGUGGAUCACAAAUACAAAAAAGUGUGGAGGUUGAGUCAGCUGCAGAUUUUGAAAGGCAGUUACCUUAUGACUAUGCCGAGACAUCAACAAAACUGAAGAAGAAGAAGAAAGCAAAACAUCUGGGUUCUGCUUAUGAGCAGGGCUGGCAGCUGGAUUCCACUGUUCAUAAUGAUCAGAGGGAUAAUUUCAGAAAGAGAUCAGAGAGUCAUCAUUUUGACUCUAAUGGAACUAGUGGUUUAUAUGAGCAACAUACUGCAAAGAAGCCAAAGAUAAUGAAGCAAUUGCUAGAUAAUACUUUUGACAGCAUGACGCAAAUGACUGGGUCCAUCCCAUCCCCAGCCCUUUCCCAGAUGAGUAAGAUGUCAAACACAAAUAGAUUCAUCAAAUUGAUUGGUGGCAGGGAACGAGGCAGAAAAAAUAAAUCAAUGAAGAUGUCUGCUGGGCAGCCAGGUUUUGGAAGUCCUUGGUCGCUUUUUGAAGACCAGGCUCUUGUUGUUCUUGUGCAUGACAUGGGUCCUAAUUGGGAGCUAAUAAGUGAUGCUAUCAACAGCACUGUUCAAUUCAAGUGUAUAUUUCGUAAGCCUAAAGAAUGCAAAGAACGCCACAAAAUCUUAAUGGAUAAGGGUGCUGGUGAUGGGGCUGAUAGUGCUGAGGAUUCUGGAUCUUCUCAAUCCUACCCAUCAACUUUACCUGGCAUUCCAAAGGGCAGUGCCAGACAGUUGUUUCAACAUUUACAAGGGCCAAUGCAAGAGGAUACCCUGAAGUCUCAUUUUGAGAAAAUUAUCAUGAUUGGGAAGAAGUAUCUUUACAAAAGGAGUCAGAACAAAAACCAGGAUCCUAAGCAAAUAGCAGCAAUUCACAAUUCUCAUGGUAUUGCUCUUUCCCAAGUUUGCCCAAACUUAAAUGGAGGUGUCCUAAUGCCCCUUGAUCUCUGUGAUCCAAGUGCUUCAGAUCCAAAUGUUCUUCCCAUUGUGUAUCAAGGCUCACAUGCUAGCAAUUUGGUAAUGCCAAAUCAAGGUGCUAUAGCAUCAAUGCUUCCUAAUUCUGGUGCAAGCUCUUCUCUGCAAGGAUCUUCUGGUGUGGUUCUUGGCAGUAACUCAGCAUCACCAUUUGGUCCCCUUAAUGCACCUCUCAGAGAUGGUAGAUACAAUGUUCCAAGGACAUCCUUACCAGUUGAUGAGCAGCAAAGAAUGCAACACUACAAUCAAAUGUUAUCUAAUGGAAACUUGCAGCAGUCUAACUUGUCUGUUUCUGGAGCUGAUCGUGGUGUUCACAUGCUACCAGGUGGAAAUGGAAUGGGCAUAAUGCCAGGGAUGAACAGAAGCAUGCCACUCCCAAGGCCAGGAUUUCAAGGAAUAGCCUCACCAUCAAUGCUGAAUCCAGGCAAUUUGCUCUCUCCCAAUAUGGUUGGGAUGCCAAGCCCUGUAAAUAUGCACUCUGGAACUGGUUCUGGUCAAGGGAACUCGAUGAGACCUCGCGAGGCCAUGCAUUAUAUGAGGCUUGGCCAUAACCCUGAGCAUCAAAGACAAAUGAAGGUACCAGAGCUUCAGAUGCAGGCAACACAAGGGAACAACCAAGGAAUUCCUGCCUUCAAUGGGUUGAGUUCUGCUUUUGCUAAUCAGAUGGCCACUACGCCAGUGCAGACAUAUCCAGGCCAUCCCCAGCAGCAGCAUCAAAUAUCCACACAACAGUCCAAUAUGUUGAGCAAUCCUCAUCAUCCCAAUCUUCAUGGCUCCAACCAUACUACAGGUUUACAGCAGCAAACAUAUGCAAUGCACCCUGCUAAAGAAAGGCAAAUGCAGCAGCUUGCUGCAUCUAGUGCUUUGGUGCCCCAUGCCCAACAUCAAUCCCAACUUCCCAUAACAUCAUCUAUACAAAGGAGUUCUCAGAUUCCAUCGCCAACUGCAUCGCAGCCAUUGUCACCACCCCCUAGAACUCCACCUUCCCCAGUGACUCCCAUUUCAAUGCAGCAGCAACAGCAGCAGAAACAUAACUUGCCACAUCAUGCUGUCAGCUGGAAUCCCCAAACUGGUUCCAGCGGGUUGACCAAUCAGAUGGGAAAGCAACGCCAACGGCAGCCACAGCAAUUCCAACAAUCUGCUCGGCAUCACCCUCAACAACGACAACACUCACAGUCUCCACAGCAGGCUAAACUACUAGAGGGGAUGGGAAGAGGGAACAUGGUGGUGCACCAGAACCUCUUGAUUGAUCAUUCUCCUUUGAAUGGCCUUUCUGUUCCUCCAGGAAACCAAGGUGCAGAGAAAGGAGAGCAAAUCAUGCACUUGAUGCAGGGUCCAGGCUUGUAUUCUGGGGCUGGGUUAAGUCCAAUUCAGUUGUCUAAACCACUGGUUUCUUCACAAUCCCUGAACCAUUCUCAGCCACAGCAAAAGUUAUAUUCUGGCUCAACGAACCCUUCGUCAAAACCACUUCAGAAAAUGCCUUCCCAUUUGGAUAAUAGUGUUCAAGGCCAGGUUCAACCAGUACUCUCUGGUCAAACACUAACGGCCACUCACCAAAACACUCCAGUUGUGGUCCCUAAUCAUCAGCAUCUGCAACCACAUCUACAGCCACACCAGAAGCAGGUUAGUCAACCUCAACCAGCUGUUCAGAGAAUGCUUCAAAAGAAUUGUCAGGUGAAUUCUGAUCUGGCAACUAAGCCUCAAAAUCAUCAAAGUCAUACUGAUCAGCAAACUCCAAACAUCUCCCGGACAGGAACAAGAACAUCCACAAUGACGACCCAGGGCUGUAAAGAUACAGCUAGUGUGGCACCAGUUGUCUCUUCUGCCUCUGCAAUACAGUGGAAAUCAUCAGAACCACCCUUGCAUGAUUCUGGCAUGGAAAAUUCAGCCUCUCUGGAAGGUCCUAUUGGUAGCCCAGCUCUUGCAUGUGCAACUGGGAGUGAGCCAGCUGUCAGCCUAGGUUCAGUCCACAGGCAGUUAUCAGGAGGUUUGCCCAUGAAUGGCCGUAAUGGUGGAGCACAGUGGCAGCACAAACAACCACAACAAUCAACAGCCUUACCACCCCCACACCAACUGUUGCAGCCACAAGAACAGAAGUCACAACAAGAACAACAACACUCACCUCAACAGCUGCCACCACAGCAGCCGUCUCAGCGGUAGACACAGCAUCUUCAAUCAGUACAAGGCAGUUUACAUAUCAGGCCAAUCAAUUCUAGUCUGGAAUGGAGCAUUUUGGUGGAUUGUACAGUUCAGGGAGCAGUCAGUACUUCUGGGGUCGGGUUUGCAUGCCCUUAUGACAGCUGUGUACAGAUGAAGCUGGUUACUUUGCAGCAGGGGCAUUGCAAGAUGAGAAGAGGUGGCUUGUCAUUUCCAGAUUCUGUUAGCAAAGAGAUCUCUGCGGGCCAUUUUUUUUUUCUUUUUGAUUUAUUGGGUUAUUUGGGGAAAUCAUGUAAAUUACCACCGUUGUAGAGCUUUGGGAAGGUGGAGACAGAUAUAGAGGUGUGUACAGGGUCUCAUCUCCCCAUUUCUUGUACUUCUUCUCCCCACCCUUUGUCUGGUUUCCCCACUUCUGUGCAGAGGGGGCCCGUUUAUUUUUGUUUGUGUCCCAGUAGGCUAGUGCAUGUAUCAUUCACACUUUCAGAUUAAGUUUAGUUGCUCUCAUUGUUAUGGGCAAAGCCUUUGAGAAGUGUUGUGAAUACACGGUCCACGCAAUUAGAAUGGCAAUCACUCUCUGCCAUGGCACCUAUCAGCAUACAUGAACUUGCUUCUUCCA